CCUUCUAAGGCUAAUUUUGCAUUACGUUUACUAAAAUGGACAAUACCGAGGAUGACAAUGAAGUGGCACCCAUGGAAGAGCAGGAUGACGCACCAAUGUUCAUGUGGACACCGGUGGAAUACGACGCUUCAUUGCAGGCUGAAGGGCUACUGGGCCUAGAGGUACUACAGGACGACUCCGUGGAGCCGGUGCCCAAGAAACAGCGCAAAUCAAAGAAGGCAAGCGAAGGUACUGCCCAGGAAAGUCCGAGUUUGCCUGAGGUCAGUGAUGACCAAGUUAACGAAGCUACACGUGGAUGGAACAAUAUUCUGUUUGACCAAUGGGCGAUACCAAUCGGUAUUAGGCGCAACCUGUACGGGGCCAAUAUGACAUCGCCAACCGUUAUACAGCGGCUAGUCUUCAAACCGUCGCUUACGGCGGGUAUGCAUAUAGUUGCCUGUGCAGAAACGGGUUCCGGCAAGACAUUGGCAUUUUCACUACCCAUAGCGCUAUCGUUAAAAUGCAGCGACGAAAAACCGGUUUCUGCGUUGGCAAUACUGCCAACUAGGGAGCUGGCACUUCAGGUCAAGGAUACCAUGUCCAUGCUCAUCAAGGGCACGCAACACAGCGUCUUUGCUAUCAUUGGUGGCAUGUCAAUACAGAAGCAGGAGCGGGUGCUCAAGCACCAGCCUGAGGUCAUUGUGGCCACACCAGGCCGCCUCUGGGAUAUAAUGCAGGACGUAAGCAUCACGUUCAAGUUGCAGUACUUGGUCCUGGACGAGGCUGAUAGGCUGGUCAGCGAGCAGUCGUUCAAGGAACUAGGUAACAUAGUGGACAAGGUCAGGGAAAGAGACACCCAGUGCUUCAUAUACUCGGCGACUAUACUUAAUCGUGAAAAGGACCUCCAGGCGCUGUUCAAGCUAUUAAAGCUUAGUAACCCUAUGGUAUGCACGGCAUCGCAUAAAGGCGACCUCGUAUUGCCCUAUGACCAGUUUAUUAAAAAGCGCCCUUUCAAGAAAACUGUGGAGGAGGACACUUCCAACACAACGCUGCCUCCCAAUUUAAGGUUUAGGAUCAUCAAGUGCCUGGACGAUGAACGGGAACUAAAAUUAAUCGCAUACAUGAUGGAACACCAUGUCAAUAAUGACAGUGCCCAUAUUAUUAUAUUUGUUAACAGCAUAUCGUAUGCAUAUCGCCUGGAGCCGCUGCUUAGCCUCAUCUUCUGGCGGGACAAGCACGAGCUGAGGAUCGCAAAGAAACAUUGCAUGACCUUGAACAAGGAGCCAAAGUUCAACUUCAUCACUAGUAUACACUCCAGGCUUAAGCAAAAGCAGAGGCUGAAACGUCUGGAACAGUUUACCAAAAACAAGAAAGCCGUUUUGAUAUGUACUGACGUGGCCGCACGGGGUGUGGAUAUACCUAACAUCACAGAAGUCAUACACUUCCAAGUACCGAGGAACGCAAGCACCUUCGUACACAGAUCUGGGCGCACAGCGCGCUGCGAAGCAGCGGGCACUGCUGUAUGCAUCUGUGAGAGCUCCGAGGUCGAUACUUGGAACGACCUCUUCAAGGCAAUUAAUAAGAACAUGGCCACCGAAGAAGUGGCCAUGGCAUGCAUACCACCGAAACAGUACCAGCGCUACAAGCGGUUGCUGGCUCUAGCAAGUGAUAUUGAAGAACAGGAGCAUAAGAUAUCGAAAAAGGAGAAAACCAAAGCCUGGUUGCAAAUGGCAGCAAAACAGGCUGAUAUCGAACUGAGUGAUGAAGAAUCCGACACCGAUGCCAUGAAAGCAAGGACUUACAGAAGUUUAAAAGCGGGGAAACGCACUUUAAUGGAGCUGAGGGAUGCCAUGUACGAUUGAGACUGUGAUGUC